GGGGUAUCGAAAUCAGCGCUCUUGGAGUGGAUCAACGCCUACUUCGACAUCAACUACACGAAAAUCGAACAAUGUGGCAACGGUGCAGUCUACUGCAUGAUAUUUAACGCGUUAUACCCAAACAUCAUCAACGUCUCGAGGAUACACAGGUCUCCCAGCUCGGAGUUCGAGACACUGACAAAUUACAAGCUGCUGCAGCACGGCUUCAACAAGGUAAGAAUAUCAAGGGACGUCAACGUAGAGAAGUUGAUGCGAUGCAGACUGCAGGACAACUUAGAGUUUCUACAGUGGUUGGGCAAGCUGUGGUGUGAACACAAUAAGGACUUCACGUUCAGCGGCUCGACCUCACGCCCUGCCUCGAGAAGGACGAGCUCGAUCGGUGUCGACCGAAAUCCCACCAGCAAGCCGCUAGGUUCCAGGAAAAGCUCCAAUGCCACGCCGCAGCAACGUAACGAUUUUCGAGUUAACGCUGCUACAGAUAACAAUGGCAGCAAUCACAUAAGUGAGGAUAAGAGGCUCCUGACUGAGGUUUCUCAGUUGAAGCAAAAGCUACAAACGGCCAAUGAAGCACUGGAAGAGGUGUCCAACCUGAAGGAGUGCCUUCAGAUUGAGAGAAAUUUCUACUUUGGCAAACUACGAGAGAUAGAGGUCAUCUGUCAGAACAUAUCGCAAACGGACAACGCCGAGCAGAUAUCGACUCUCGCAUUGAUUGAGGAUUUGAAGGAUAUAAUGUAUAGUACGGAGGAGGGGUUC